CAAGAAAAGAGGAAGGAAGGGAGAGUAAUAGCUAGUCAUGGCAUCGUCGUCGGCCCCGGUCCCGGCAUCGUCAGCGGCGGCGGGGUCUUCGUCCGCGUCGACGAGCUCGCCAUGCGCGGCCUGCAAGUUCCUCCGCCGCAAGUGCCAGCCGGACUGCGUCUUCGCGCCCUACUUCCCGCCGGACCAGCCGCAGAAGUUCGUGCACGUGCACCGCGUCUUCGGCGCGAGCAACGUCACCAAGCUGCUCAACGAGCUCCACCCCUACCAGCGGGAGGACGCCGUCAACUCGCUCGCUUACGAGGCCGACAUGCGCCUCCGCGACCCCGUCUACGGCUGCGUCGGCGUCAUAUCCAUCCUCCAGCACCAGCUCCGCCAGCUUCAGAUGGACCUCUCCUGCGCCAGGGCCGAGAUCUCCAAGUACCAGUCCGCCGCCGCCGCGGUUGCCGCCAGCGGCGGCGGGCCCUCCGCUGCCAAUUUCAGCAGCGGGGUGACGACCGCAGGCGGGCACGGGUUUGUCAACGCUAAUCACGCGAUCGGGGUGGGAUCGAUCGUGUUAGGGCGGGAGCAGUUCUUCCCGGCGAUGGCGACGGCGACUGCUGCCCGGGAGCCGCACCUCCACCACCAUGCGAUGAUGAGGAACCAAGAUGGGGAGCUGGCGGCUAGAUUGGGUGCGAAUGGAGCAUAUGAUGCAGGGCUUGUGGCAGCCAUGAAUGUGCCGGCUGCGAGCAUCGGGCCGCUGGGUGGGCAGUUCUUGAAGCCAAGUGCAGCUGGUGGGGACGAGCGGCCGAGCGUCGGACCGUCGUAGACAUCCUUGCAGGUUUAAGACUUGGAGGAAGGAUACUUGCCGAUGAAACUGGGACAGAGUUAGUAUUGAAAGAGAGACCUGGAUUUUGACUUCAAUCCAUUUACAGAAAAUAGAAUUUUCUUCAGCCUUCUUGCUUUCUCUUAGUGCUGGUUAUUUUAUCCUCUCUUCUUGAUCUGGCCAUAGCUGUGGACAUGUUGUACUCCUAAUGUUUGUUAUGGUGGCAAUCCUAUGUCCCCUCUAUGGCACCUGCAUGGCUAAUAUGAAACUCCU